UUGUUGCUAUCAGACGGUUGCAUUGUUUUCGCCAAGCAAUUACGCACCAGAUAACCCGUAAAUUAUUUUAAUGUAGUUCAAUUUAUUGUUUAGUGUUUACUUCUCUUUAGGGCUUUUCGUGUUUGACUGUUCCAUUUAUUAGUGUAAUUACGUCCGGUUGAUGUCAUCUAAUUCCUCAGGACGUAUAGCGCUGAAAUAUUUGGUUUCACGCGCAAUGUUUUAGCGUACAAAAUUCCGGUUUAUGAACGUGCUAGUUUCGCGAUGCAUUUGAAAAACUAUGGAAUGCUCCUCAAAUAAAGUUGACACAAUGGUUGCGAGUUUACAGUCUAGGCGUAAGGCAUUAGAAUCCAAAAUCAUCGAAAAAAAUCGCGAAUUAAAACGAUUAUGCAUACAAGAAGCAGAAUUAACAGGUAGCUUACCUCCGGAAAUCCCAUUGGAUCCCGGCGAAACACCACCUACUUUCCGCCGACGUGUUGGAACAUCAUUUACUUAUCCUGAAAAUUUAAUAAAUAAGCUGAAAUUUAAAGAUGAUGAAACUUUGGCUUCACUUGAAUUGGAGUAUAAAAUCCAAAAAGGAAUUGCUGAAGCUGCUUUAGGACUUGCUAAUGAUGAGACUGCCAACAAAUCUGUGCGGCGAAAACAUAGAAUGAUGUAUCAACAAAGUCAAAGUAGAAUUAUUGAACUCGAAACAAGAAUAAAUUUAUGCAAUAAUCAAAAAGUAAAAAAGAAGCCUCGCCCUGAGAGCAGUUACACAACAGAUUUUGUGAACAAUCAUAGCGUGACUGAUGGUAAUUUUGUUGUACCUAAAGAACCGAAUGUGCAAUCUUCAAACCCAAAAGUUUUAUCUCAUAAAAGUAAUUUAAGACAAUCUCAAUCAUACAACAAAUUCCCCAGUCAAAGAAAUUCUCAUGACCCAAGAAUUGGAAAUGGUAUACAUAAUUCAUGGAAUACUCAUGAGCAUAUACCCAUCUCCAAUAUGCAACCAAUGCUAUUACCAAGAUCAACAAUCAGUUUGGAUAAAGAACAUGUUACUUAUCCUAAAGAUAAUGGCGGGCUUUUUAAUAAUAACUCAAAUUCUACAAAUUUACCUUCAAGUCAUGAAUUGUCAAGUAAGAUUAUUGAUCAAGAUUUCACGUCUAAGUAUAGAGACAGGUUUGGAAGUUUAGAUAGGCGACAUACUAGAAGUUCUAGUUCUCGAAGUAAUAGUAGUGUUGAUCAUGAACCUUCAGCUGUACCUGUUGUACCACGACAUACAAAUUCACAGCAUCCCACAACUACUAUUUUAUUACCAAAUCAAAUGUACCCAGAAAAUAGUUUAAUGAGAACUCAUUCUCUGGGUAAUAUUAAAAAUGAAAAUCAGCAACAAGCAGAAAAAGGAUUUACAGAUUUAAAUCAAAUGUCAUUAUCUGAAAGUAGAAAAAACAAUGAGAAAAAAUGGAUUGAAACAUCAUUGGAUAGUAGUAGUGUUGAGUCUGGGCCAACACUUGCACAUGAUUUACCGCCUCCUAUCAAAAUGCAUACACCUCCAAUACAACCUGAAAAUCACCCACUUCCGUACGAUCCACUAGUCAAUCAUUUUGACACUGUUCCAUUUGAAUCACCAAAAAAUCAUACGGUUGUUCAGGUUGGAAAAUGGCAACCAUAUCGUGAAGUAACUAAGCCAUUUGAAAUGUCUGAUUUUUAUAAAUACAGUACAAGAUUUAGGAAACCAUCUGCAAAUUCUAAUAGUGUGUCUCCAGAAGUAGUUCAAACUACAGCUUCUAACCCUUCACCAACACCAUCCUUGCCGCCACCAAUACCAGCGUUACAAAAUAAAGGAAUUUAUCAACCUUUAAAACCUCAUAAUUGUCAUCCAUUGGUACCUCAAAAUGUUUCAUUAAUGGAAGAAACAGUUUGUCCUAUCGAUUCAUUUGAACCUAAUAAUGAAUUAUGUUUAGAUGAAAGUGUAUUUGCUAAUGAAAUGUUAUCUUGGUACCAAGAUGAAGCUACACCUCAAUCCAGGACUGCCACGUUGGUUUAAUUUUAAUUAAUAUAACUAAAACAUAUUAUGGCAUAUUUUUAUAUUAUGAAUUUAUGAUGGGCAGCUAGAAUACAACCAAUAUAAUAUUAUAUAUUAUUAUUAUUAUUAUGUUCUUAUUUUUUAGAUUAUUUUAGUACAUGAUUUAUCUAUAUGAACAUAACUUUAACAAAAAUGAUGACAAAAUAAUGAAAUCUUAAUAUG